AUGUUUCUAACGACUACAUCAGCAGAACGACCAGGUUCAGCAUCUUUAGUUCGAUAUGGUACACGACAACGUUUGCAACAUUCAACUACUCGACGAGUCCAUGUAGUAGAGAAUCUAAACAAUCUUGUUAGUGUUGAUAGCAAAAGAAAUUCUUUAUCAACUUUAACAGCAGCUUUCAUAGAGGCUAAUAAACAAGCAAAUGAAAAUAAUCAAGAUCAAUCAAAUACACACCAAGAUUUACCACCAAGUCCUUCAUUAAAACAUUUAAUAUUCAAAAAAGUUCAUCCUGAUCCAAUUAAAGUUAAUAUUCGUUGUAUAUUCCUACGUGUUGGUGAAAUUGAUACAUUAAAUGAACGUUUUUAUGCUGAAUUAUUACUUGAAGCAUCUUGGGAAGAAAAAUCAUUUAAAGGUUUACAAACACGAUCAUUUGAUCCUUCUGUAAACUGGACACCUGAACUUGAAUUAAUGAAUGGAAUCGGAGAAUUAGAUCAUGAUAUUACAUAUAGUGUCCAUUAUGACAAACAAGGUUUAGCAACUAUUACUGAACAUCAUCGAUUGAAAGGUACAUUAUGGGAACGUAUGGAAUUACAUCAUUUUCCUGUUGAUGUUCAAGAAUUAUCAUUAUCUAUAACAACAUCACAUUCAAUUAAAGAAAUGAUUUUUACUAAAAAUAUAAAACAACCAUCGGGUGUUAAUCGACGUAUAUUUACAGAUGAACAAGAAUGGUAUUUAUUUGAACAUGUUGAUAUUAAAGUAACAGAACAAAUUGAUGAAUAUCUUGAUGAUCAAUAUAAUCAUUCAGUUGUUAUUUGUUCUUCUCAUGUAGCACGUAAAUACGGAUAUUUUAUUUGGAAUGCAUAUUUUCUUAUUUUUCUUAUUACAUCAGCAAGUUUUACGACAUUUCCAAUACCACUAACAAAUACGAUUUCUUAUUUGACAGCAGUUGAUGUCUAUGCAAUCGGAAGUAUAUUUUCACUUUGUCUUCUUAAUAUUUAUCAUGGUGUGAUUGGUUAUAUUAACUAUCGUAUGUCAGGAAAUAUAUCAGGCACUACAACUAGUUCAGAAUAUGUAUUGACUGUUGAUCGAUGGGCUCUUGUAGUUUUUACAAUAUGUUUUUGUGCCUAUCAGAUUGGUACACUUAUUUGGACCUAUUUAGUACCAUUAAAAAAACGUCGAAUAAUGUUUGUAAAAGACAAUAAUAAUCGUUUUCAAAUUGAAUCAACAUAUAAUGGAAAAAUCAAUUUUGUUAAUAUUGUACAAAGAACAGAAGGCAAUAAAUUGAAUUAA